AUGGACCAACUAGCCACCCACAACAAGAUGCUUGAAAACCAAAUUGCUCAACAGGCAAGUUCUUCAAGCAAAGCAGCUGAAGCACUAUCUCAAAUGCCAUCCUACACCAAGUUCCUUAAAGAAAUUCUUUCGAAGGAAAAAAUUCUAGAAGACUAUGAGACUGUUGCUCUUAUAGAGGAAUGCAGUGCCAUACUACAAAAUAAGCUGCCACCAAAGUUAAAGGAUCCAAGAAGCUUCUUUAUACCGUGUUUUAUUAGCAACACGACUAUAAACAAGGCACUCUAUGACCUAGGUGCAAGUGUAAGUCUGAUGCCUCUGUCAAUAUGUAAGAAGCUGGAUGUAGGAGAGCUUAAACUUAUAACAAAUUCACUGCAACUGGUUGACUGGUCUGUAAAGUACCCUGUGGGCAUCCUAGAAAACAUUCCUAUCAAGGUGGAAAAUUCUUCAUCCUAA